AGACAUCAAGAAUACGACGCCCCUCGCUUUAACUGUUGGCCUACCCGCAGAUGUAGAUAUGUUGGCAAUAGAAGGCCCUCUCUACCUUAGGCAACGGAUGGCCCACAGAUUGGAUGCAUGCAAGAUUCACAACUAUCCCCGAAGCAGGCUAGCGCAUUGAGUUGUUUGACAUCUGCGGUAGUGUUUCCGGCAAGCAAUAUGCAACCCAGGUAAGCAGUGGUUUUCCAGACCCACAAGUGAUAAUCAAAUCAUGCGCGAUCAGUGUCGGAGAAGUGUAUCACCUGCAUGCAGUAUGCCUCUGUCAGAUAUAUGCUGCGAGAUGGAGGCGACAUAUAUCUGAUUGAUCAACAGUCAUAUGCAAUAGAAGAACUGAAGAAAAUGAACGAUAACUUUAGUGAGUCUUGCUUUAUCAGGACCCAGAUGAAAGCUCGACGAAGUCAACAGGCCCGUGUUGUGAGAUCGACUUUUAGCCGGUCAAUCUUGUCGCCGCUUCUCACGAUGCCUGCAGAUACUGAACGUAUCGCUUUUUUGCACUUGAGGAGAUCCAAUCCGAGGCUUGAUAGGCAGUCAACAGCAACAAAUGCUGCCUGCAAGUCACAUUGUCUCCUCAUACUCUGGACGAUGGUUGUUCCGAUCCGACCCCGCCAGGCAGUGACGACCAAUCAGCAUCUCUGCGGGCCUUGCCGGCAGCAUUCGGGGCCAGUUCUGGAAGCCGAGGCAGUAGAUAAGACAAGCUCAUCGGCAUCCAGCAUCCGGUCCGCCUCCAUUCCUCACGACCCAUGAAAUCCCAAGCAUACAGAAGCAAGCGAAGAAAGAUGUCCAAGUUAUCUCAUCAACUCAAGGCGCUGAUCAACGCCCCGGCAGCACGCCCCAAUACUGUGCCCGCGCCGCGCAACAUCCAGUCCGUGUACAAGAAGAUCCAACAAAGCGCAAAAUCCCAGAACCUCUCCCAACCAUCAUGGCUCGCUCUAUCGGUCAGUGUCCCACA